GAAGUAGCUCGGGGUAGCUGAGAUGCUGAGAUGUGCAGAACAAACACUGACAAGCUGAGACACGGAGAGUGAGAAGGAGGGAGCUUGCAGCACCUGAGACACAGCAACAGCAGCAGCAACAGCAGCAGCAACAACAGCAGCAGCAGCAGCUUAAUUAGCAUCAGGAGGAGAAUCGGUCACAGGCAGUCACGCCAGAAACCAUGUAGAUAAACUGCUGUCACUGAUUGUCGAGCUGCACGAGGAGGCUACAGCAGAGGAGGAGACCGUGGCUGCAGCCAGAGCUUGAAAUGAGGGGAUUGAGAAGCAUCACUGCCACCUGACUGAUACUGGGAGUCAGACUGAGCACCUGCAGCGUCAGACUGAGCUCUCCGGUCAUCAAGGAGACUGGGGCAGAGAGACGGAGGAGAGAGCUGCUGUGAUUAUGCGCGGGGCAGAGAGCUCCUGUGGAUUCCCUGUCUUUGGCAACGGCAGCAGGAGCAGGAGCAGGAGCAGGAGCAGGAGCUGUGGCUGUGAAGACGGCAGCAGAGCUAGCUGGAGCUGCAGCAAAACAAGCAGCCCUGACUCCAAAGCAUUUUACUUUUCCAGAAAUGAGGGUAGCAUUCACAGCCAAGUUAUAACAGGAACCAGCAGUCGAUGUAGCCACCGCGUUGAGCGUACCUGUAGCCACAGCAGUGACGGUGACUGCAGCGCUGGUGCAAAGGUGCCCACAGCAGUGCAGUUAAGUGUAGUUGUAGCAGCAGUAGUAGGGGGGGGCAGUGGCUCAGGACACUGAAUGACCAGCGUGGCUGAUGAAGGCCACCUGGAUCCGCUUGCUGAAACGAUCCAAAGGAGGUCGUGUCAAGAGCUCCGAUGCCUGUGGUUCGGCCGACUCCUAUACCAGCCGUCCAUCAGACUCCGAUGUGUCCUUGGAGGAGGAUAAGGAGGCAGUGCGCAGAGAAGCAGAGCGUCAGGCUCAGGCACAGCUGGACAAAGCCAAGACCAAACCAGUUGCAUUUGCUGUCCGCACAAAUGUCUGCUACAGCCCGAAUCACGAUGACGACGUCCCCGUGCCGGGCAUGGCCAUCUCCUUUGACGCUAAAGACUUCCUCCAUGUCAAAGAGAAAUUUAACAACGACUGGUGGAUAGGACGUCUGGUGAAGGAAGGCUGUGAAAUCGGUUUCAUCCCCAGUCCAGUGAAGCUUGAAAACACUCGUAUCCUCCAGGAGCAGAGAGCCAAACAGGGCAAGUUCCACUCCAGAUUGGGAGCAAACUCAUCCUCUAGUUUAGGUGAAGUGGUUACUAACUCACGGAAAUCUACCCCUCCUUCGUCUGCCAUUGACAUAGACGCCACAGGCUUAGACCCUGAGGACAAUGAGCUCCCCGUCAACCUGCGCUCCCCUAAAGCCUGUCCAAACACUGUCAUGUCACCCCUAGCAAAAGAGAAAAGAAUGCCCUUCUUUAAGAAGACGGAACACAUUCCUCCGUAUGACGUUGUGCCUUCCAUGCGGCCCGUGGUUCUGGUUGGACCGUCACUGAAGGGCUACGAGGUGACCGACAUGAUGCAAAAAGCUCUCUUUGACUUUUUGAAACACAGAUUCGAGGGGAGAAUCUCAAUCACUCGCGUCACGGCCGACAUCUCCCUGGCCAAGCGCUCGGUCCUGAACAAUCCCAGCAAGCACGCCAUCAUCGAACGCUCGAACACACGCUCCAACUUGGCUGAAGUCCAGAGUGAGAUCGAGCGGAUCUUUGAACUGGCCCGCACGUUACAGCUGGUGGUUCUGGACGCCGACACCAUCAACCAGCCGUCACAGCUGGGGAAGACGUCCCUCGCCCCCAUCAUUGUCUACGUCAAAAUCACCUCCCCCAAGGUGCUGCAGCGUCUCAUCAAGUCCAGAGGCAAGUCUCAGGCCAAACACCUCAACGUCCAGAUGGUGGCAGCUGACAAACUGGCUCAGUGCCCUCCUGAGAUGUUUGACAUCAUUCUUGAUGAGAACCAGCUGGAGGACGCAUGCGAGCAUAUGGCUGAUUACCUGGAGGCCUACUGGAAAAGCACUCACCCCAGCAGCUGCAACCCGCCCAACCCACUGCUGACAAAGCUGCCCACUGCCGCCCUGCCCACCAGCGCCGCCCUGGCCCCCGGUGUGCAGGGAAGCAGCGCCGAGCAGAGGGGGGAUAAAGCGUCGGCGGAGAGAAAAAGUUCAAAAGAAGACCACCAGCACCAUCAUCACCAUCACCACCACCAUCACCACCAGAGCCAGGACCAGGCCGAUGCUGAUGCCGAUGCUGAGGCUGAGGGGGAGGGCGAUGAGGAGGAGGAAGGGGAGGAGAGGCCCCUGAGGACAGAGUCAACCAGGAGAGCCCAGCACACUCACCACCGUACAUCCUCUGCCAGGACUGAGCACCACAACCACCAUCACCACCACCACCACCACAGCAAUCGAGCACGGGGGCUCUCACGACAGGAAACUCUGGACUCUGAGACCCCCGAGAGCCGGGAGAGCCGGGAGAGCCGGGAGAGCAAGGACUCGGCUUAUAUUGAGCCACGCACUCAGCGCCUCCAUCAAGAAGAGGAGGAGGAGGAAGAAGAGGAGGAGGAGGACGAUGAGGACGAGGAUGAGGAUCUCGGAGAGGAGCACCCCCAGCAGCAGCAGCAGCAGCAGCAGCAGCGAUUUGAGCCCCUGCCCCACCGAGACCACAACCACCAUCACCACCACCACCAUCACCACCGCGGUGGCGCUGACGAGGCCGGCCACGGCACAGGACACCACCGCUCCAAAGAGCGCGAACAGGACCAUAACGAGCGCAACAAGCAGCGCUCCCACCACCACCGGCCGGCUCGUGACCACCACCAUCACUGCUAUGACCGGGACAGGGACAGAGAGGGGGAGGUGGCUCCCAAAAAGAGGGGUGAUGCAGGGGAGUGGGUGAGAGACUCUUAUAUCCACCAGUGACGGACCAAAUCCCUCCCUGAAGUUCCAUUUUGGUUUUUUUGAAAGACCGUUCUGUUCUCCCAUCGUGCUGCUAUACCCUGAAACCACAGCAUCCUAUUUAUGUACACUUCCUUUGUAAAUGCUGUUCAAUCUUUUCUCAACGGCAGGAUUUUUUGAUUACAUAGAUACGAAUAUAAAUAUAUGUAUAUAUGUGUAUCUAUGCAUAGACGUGGUUUAUGUGUGGAUAUGCAUGAAUCUUCUUAAAUAUGCAUAUUUUAAACCUGUGUUGGAUAAAGCAUGACACAAAGAGCAGAAUUUGUUUUCUGUGCUGAGCUGUGCUUUCUGUGAUUAGCAUUUUCUUUUUUCAUUUUGAUAGUUUUUUUUAAUUAAUAUUAUUAUUAUUGUUAUUAUUAUAAUUCUAAUUAUUUUAUUCUAUUUUUUUUUGCUUUGCCACCACUUGAAUAUGUUCCUUCAGACGACUACUGCUAGGGUUGACUGCAAGAGUUUAAGUUGACUAACCAAGUUAGUCUGAUGCUGUAUUUGCAGAGGUCUUUUUCUUUUUAAAAGAAUGGCAAUUUGGGAAAUACACCAAAAAUAAUAAAUACAUCAAAAAUGAAUGCAGUCUUAACAGCUCUACCUUUUCAGUUAUCAGCUUAACCUGUGCGACAGAGGUUUGAAAUAUGGGAGGCUGCCGCUGGUUUAUUGUUUUACGUUGACACGUUGUGUUUAAUUUAGGGAUGCACGAUACUGGACUUUUGGCCGAUUUAUGGGGAGUGCUUUGAUAUUUUGCCCUCUCGUUUCGCAGCAGAUGUCGAUGUAAGUUUAUUUCAUUGAGCAAAAAUAAAUGAAUGUAGAAAAAAUAGUAGUUAUAGAGGGCGCCAGCAUGGAAGUCAAGGAGGUCGCGGGCUAUGUUGUUGUCAUUGGUCAUAUCGGCAGAUCUUGUUGUGUUUACGAAAUCCGAUGAUACAUUUUAAAGCAAAUGUCUGCCGAUACCGAGCCGGUAAUAUCGCGCAUCCCUAGUUUAAAUGAUUUUGUCCACGUCACAGGAGUGAAACGUGUCUCUGUGUAUGCAGCAGAAUCUUUCUCUCAAUCGUAUGACACUGUGUCACGUGUUUGCCUCGCGUGGCGUGUACCUAAUAAACUGGCACAUUUUGAAUUUCACAGAGCUUCAUCUGAAAGCUAACACA